CUUUCUCCCUUCUCCGUCUUGUGUUUUUCGCCAUUCAUUACGUCCCGUCUCUCCGCUCUUUCCGCCUGCUUUCCAAGCUUCCCGACUCCAUUGAUCAUCCCCUCCUCGCCCUCCUCCUCUUCCUCGACCUCCUCCCACCCUUCAAACCCCCUUCAACUAGCUUCCAACUUCCUUCACACAAUGGCGCCUACUUUCCACGAGUGCUACCGCCGCGAGGUCCACUGAUGACACUACCCCACGAUAACGACGACACUAUUCAUCCAUCGAUAUCUGGAUACUUGACUCGAUAUACCCAGAAAACCUGCAUCUUCACCAACAGCUCUAACCUCCCCAGUCACGACUAUCUUGUAUAGAGGCUUUUGUACCACCACUUGCGAUAUCCUCAGAGUCAGUUGAGGAGAAUCGAGCAGGCACACCCAACAGCUUGGAAACGGCGAUCGUUUCCACUUUAGACAACAUGUCGGGCUCGCCUGUAGAGUCCGGCCAGACGAGCUCCGGCUCCAGCAACACACCACCGAAUCCUUUCGAGAACCCAUCACAGGAACAACCUAAGCUUCAGACUCCGCCAUUGCUUCACCCUUCGUCCGCAACCCUGCAGGCCCGAAAAGAGAAGAAGGAGAAGAAGAAGAAGGUUGGCUUUCAUGCCGACAGCCCUCAGCCUAGCCAGACACCUCUGGUAGACAAUCGGCCACCGAGCAUCGUGAUUGACGAUGACUACUUCGCGCAGUCAAUGUCUCCCGAAGUUAACCCCUUUGAUACACCUGGACGCAUUGCUACUCCAAGACGAGACACCGACGCAACCCCAGUGGGAGCUCCAGACGCCGGUGAGCUGCGCCGUGCUCUGACCCAGGUCUUGAUUUCGGAGAAUCAAGAUAACAGUCCAUCCGAGACACCUGCCCGGCCCCGGCCCGUGCUCCGCCGUAACACCAGCUACGACGCACCGGAGGAAAGGCAGAAGGCUGACCUCGCCGAGCAAACCGCCGGCGAGCGGCAGCAGCGUUCGGGUCUCGAAGCUCGCCAGCGUGCCAACCGACUGGCCGUGAGUGUCGAGAACUACUCUUCACCCCCUUCUCGUCGCAACUCCAUCGAUGGGUUCAACCCAUUCAGUGACGAUGAGGAGACCGACCAAGUCAUCGGCUUGAGCUCUGCGGUAGAUGGGUCUGAUGAACGACGAAAGGUUCGGUCCCGUCCCAGAAAGAACUCGCACUUGGAUGCCGAAAAUCUUGUCCGAUCCCAUACGAGACGUGCCAAGAAGGGUGGCCGAGGACCGAAUGAUUACUUCAAGUAUGAGGCGCCUUCAGGUGCUCGAUCUGGCACCGCCACACCAACCUUGGAGCAGUCUUACGCUCACGAUUAUGUCCCACCCCCGAAGCAGUAUCACGGUGGUAUUCUGUCGUCGCUCCUCAAGCUAUACAAUGAGAAUGGCAGUGGCGGUAGCAGUGGCCGGAACACGCCGGGAUCCAACACACCAGCUACAGCAACGCCCAACCAGUCGCCUCCGGGCUCUAUGCUAGCCUCCGCUGCGCCCUCGACCCCUGGAUCUCCCCGGCCUUCCCGCCCCAACAGUGGUUUGUUCAACUACCACAAGAAGCAAGGUUCUCGCUCAUCCAUGGCUCUGGCUGAGCUUAUGAAGUCGUCGUCCGCCAUGGCUGGGCCGGCCUCGAGUGUGUUCAGCCAGGGCUUCACCGAGAAGCUCAAGACCGAGCCCCCAUCGCGGCCGAAGAAGAAGAAGUCCGGAGUCUGGGGUGGAUCUUCACCAAAGUCAUCAAAGUCUGAAGACAAGCACCGCAUUACUAAGCAUAUUGCUCAGAUCUUGUCGAGGCAUAAGUAUCUCGUCAAGCUGUGCAGGGCGCUGAUGAUGUACGGGGCCCCCACCCACAGACUGGAGGAGUACAUGAAGAUGUCGGCACGAGUCCUCGAGAUAGAGGGUCAGUUUCUCUACAUUCCCGGCUGUAUGAUUAUCAGCUUCGACGACAGCGCCACCCACACCACCGAGGUCAAGAUCGUUCGCUCGGCACAUGGUGUCGAUCUGGGCAAGCUGCGCGACGUGCAUGACAUCUAUAAGCAGGUUGUCCAUGAUUUGAUCAGCGCCGACGAGGCUACCAUCAUGUUGGAGAGCAUUACAGCUCGCAAGCUCAAGUUUGGCAACUGGAUGCGGGUGCCUGUCUAUGGUCUCGCCAGCGUCUGCGUCGCCCCCUUUGCUUUCCAGGGACGCUUCAUCGACUUGCCCAUCGCUUUCAUUCUCGGUUGCAUUCUGGGCUGGAUGCAAUUGAUCCUUGCUCCGAGCAAUGAGCUGUACGCGAACGUCUUCGAAAUCACCGCCUCCAUCGUCACAUCCUUCUUGGCCCGCGCCUUUGGCUCCAUCAACAACGGCGAACUGUUUUGUUUCUCUGCUCUGGCGCAGAGCUCCAUCGCCCUCAUUCUUCCUGGUUACAUGGUCCUCUGCAGUAGCUUGGAGUUGCAAAGCCACAACUUGGUCGCCGGAAGUGUUCGCAUGGUUUAUGCCAUGAUCUACACGCUCUUCCUCGGAUACGGAACCACUAUUGGCACUGCCCUCUACGGCAUGAUCGACCGCCACGCAGAGUCGAGAACUACCUGCACCGACCCGCUUAAUAGGAAUUGGUACUUGUUGUUUGUGCCGGGUUUCACUCUCUGCCUUUGCAUUAUCAAUCAGGCCAAGUGGAAGCAGACACCUGUCAUGGUCACCAUCUCCCUCGCCGGCUUCCUAGUUAACAGCUACUCGUCCGACUUUUUUGUCGGUAAUGCCCAAAUCUCGAACAUGCUUGGCGCUCUUACCGUGGGAUUGCUAGCUAAUCUCUACUCCCGCCUCGGUCGCCAUGCUCACAACUAUUUCCUCGAUUUUCUCGACUGGUGGGAUCUUCGCAUGGCCCCGCGCUUCGUUAGCGCUAGCCGUCGUCGCAAUGAGCGUCCUCGUCCAGAAAUGUACCAGAUGUCUGGCCAAACAGCCGGAGCUUCUGGUCCCUCGGGUGUCCACACCCCUGGAGAGAACACCCCUGGAGAGAACACCCCCGAAGGAUCGGCGCCAGCAACACCAACGACCGCUGCCUUCUCCGAGAAGGAUAAGGCUCAAGGCGUUGUCCCAGAGCGGAAGCGCACCGUUGGCUAUGGGCUCGCCGCCGCCGCUAUGCUUCCUGCUAUAUUUGUGCAGGUUCCCAGUGGUCUUGCGGCAGGCGGAUCGUUGUUGGCGGGUGUUACGUCGGCUGAUCAGAUAACGAACAAUAACGGUACUUCGACAUCAACCGACAGUUCGGACCUCAACAACUCGGCCUUUGCGGUUCUUCUCAGUGUUAUCCAGGUCGCCAUUGGUAUCACCGUCGGACUGUUUAUGAGCGCCCUUAUGGUCUAUCCUCUGGGCAAGAGAAGAAGUGGUCUGCUCAGCUUCUAGUUGAUGCGAGUCUACACGGUUAUAUCUUUAUGGUUUUCGCUCUCGCCAAUAUUCGGCAAACUUUUCAACAGUCGGAGGUGGAAUUACGAGCCGGACGUGGAGUUGGGGUUCGCGGCAGAGAGCAGGAUACAAGAGGAGGAUUCAUCGGCGUUUCAGAAGGAGUACAGAAGGGCAAGCAUAUGAAAUGGCACUUUGGCGUUUGUUGGUAGCGUUCGUUUGGAUUGGGUUGGAUUCACUUUGUUCUUUCAAGCAUUGGUCACGGAGUAACAGUACAAGACGUCGGGUUUUGGUGGCGACAAAUACAGCACUAGAUAACAUGAAAGACAUAGAUGUAGAGAUAGAACAAAUGGAUUCGAGCUCUGCUCUCCAUACCUUAUACUUCAUACUUUGGGUCAC